AUGCAAGAGUCCUUCCAGAGACACCAAGCACCAAACCCGUAUCCACAGAAGGACACGAGGACCACGCCCGCAAACACCUCCGACCAGAACAGCAGCGGAACCCAGGCAACUCGCACCGAUUCCCAGCACGAUCCCGAACGCCGUCGACCCCGUGGCGAUCUCUACCGAAACGCCGUCGACCCCGUGGCGAUCUCUACCCGACGCCGUCGACCGCCGUGGCAAUCGUCGACCCCGUGGCAAUGUCUCCCCGAACGCCGUCGACCGUGGCGGACGCCUCGACCCCGUGGCAAUCCCCGUCGACCCCGUGGCGAUCUCUCCCCGAACGCCGUCGACCCCCGUGGCGAUUCUCCCCGAACGCCGUCGACCCCGUGGCAAUCCCUUCGACCCCGUGGCGAUCUCUCCCGAACGCCGUCGACCCCGUGGCGAUCUCUCCCCGAACGCCUCGACCCCGUGGCAAUCCCCGUCGACCCCCGUGGCGAUCUCUCCCCGAACGCCGUCGACCCCGUGGCAAUGUCUCCCCGAACGCCGUCGACCCCGUGGCAAUCCCCUUCGACCCCGUGGCGAUCUCUCCCCGAACCGUGCCCUCGACCCCGUGGCAAUCCCCUUCGACCCCCGUGGCGAUCUCUCCCCGAACGCCGUCGACCCCGUGGCGAUCUCUCCCCGAACGCCGUCGACCCCGUGGCAAUCCCCUUCGACCCCCGUGGCGAUCUCUCCCCGAACGCCGUCGACCCCGUGGCGAUCUCUCCCCGAACGCCUCGACCCCGUGGCAAUCCCCUCGACCCCGUGGCGAUCUCUCCCCGCUCGUCGACCCCGUGGCGAUCUCUCCCCGAACGCCGUCGACCCCGUGGCAAUCCCCUUCGACCCCCGAUCUCUCCCCGACGCCGUCGACCCCGUGGCAAACGCCUCGUGGCAAUCGUGACCCCGUGGCGAUCUCUCCCCGAACGCCGUCGACCCCGUGGCAAUGUCUCCCGAACGCCGUCGACCCCGUGGCAAUCCCCUUCGACCCCCGUGGCGAUCCUCUCUCGACCCCGUGGCAAUGUCUCCCCGAACGCCUCGACCCCGUGGCAAUCCCUUCGACCCCCGUGGCGAUCUCUCCCCUCGCCGUCCCGAAACGAAAACACGAGAGCGGAAUGCAUCGGCGUCCAUCGGGAGGAACAGCGGCGCCGCGUGAUGCACACGACCCGAUUCCCGGAGCUCGGGAAUGGCCGCCGUCCGGAAAAUUGCGGAAGCGGCCUCCUGUCACUCGCUGCCGUGUCUCGGUCCCUCCGAGCGCGGGACGGGGUCAUGGGUCAGAGCAUAACUGUGUUAAAUGGUGAUGUAACUGUAGUUGUGAUAUUUCCAGAUCAACGCCUAUCGGAGACACUCAAGCUUUUGUCUAGACCCACUGAAGAAUGA